AUGCCUGUGGUGCUACCUCCUCCUAAUCCAUCGCAAAAAACAGCAUGCCUUCUGUACAUGGAGGCCUUCGAUAUUAUUAUUUCGAACUCACGUUUCUUAACUGUUGGAAGUGAAGGCAAAAAUAAGUAUUCGUCUGGGCCGGACCAUUGUAAAUGUAAUGUGAACAGCAGUCAAGGUCGUGCAAGUUUCAUAAUUGAUGUCGAAGUUGGAGAAAACAUAGAAGACCCCGAAAAAGAAUUCUCUUUGACGAGUGGAACUACGAUAACUUUUCAGUUGGAUUUCUUACGAAGUCGGAAUGGCUACUGGUAUUUAGAUGGCACAAAAUUAAAGAAUGAUUUCAAAAUUAAUGCUCUGCGCGCCGAACAAAACUUGAACGUGAGUAGUGGUACUGCUACAAAUCAAGUAGAUGUUGGAGCAGUGUUUAACCGGAAUUUUGCUUGUUUUCAAACGGAUGCAGCAGUUUUCAAAGUAUUAGAUGGUAAAUAUUCAAAUAUUGGAAUUGCACUACGGAAUUUUGAGGUGGCUUUGGAACUUGUAGGUGAUAAGACACGUUUCGGGUACCGUACAUCAGAUUGUGUUGGGACAUUUAGUGCUGGCAGUUGGAUGGGUAUUAUUAUUUCUGUUGUAUUUAUAAGCAUUCUCUUGUUCGGUUAUCUGAUGCUGCAGUCAAUACAAACAAUGGAUCGGUUUGAUGACCUGAAACAAAAACAGAUCAUAAUUAAUUUCAAAGAAUAA